AUGGAAAAAGUGCCUUUGACAAUUUUAACAGGUAAAAAUACAAGGAAAAUGACAAAUUUCUUGAUUUGUAAUACACUGCUUAAUCAUAUUUUGGAAAAACAGCAGUCAAAGAAAAUUGCAGUAAUAUUGAAUGAAUUUGGAAAUGCAUCUGAUAUUGAAAAAUCGCUUUCUAUAAAUUCUAGGGGCCAGAUUUCAGAAGAAUGGCUUGAAUUAAACAAUGGCUGUUUUUGUUGCACUAUAAAAGACAAUGCUGUUAUUGCAAUUGAAAAAUUAAUGAUGAAAAAGGGUGUAUUUGAUUAUAUAUUAUUAGAAACUACAGGUCUUGCUGAUAUAGGACCUAUUGUUCGUAUGUUUUGGUUAGAUGGCCCCUUAGAAUCUUCUAUUUACCUUGAUGGAGUAAUUACAGUUAUCGAUUGUUAUAAUAUUAUUCAUAUUCUUGAUAACGUAUCUGAUAAAAAGAAUAAUAUUACUAUUGCGCAUCUUCAGAUUUCACAUGCAGAUGUUUUGAUUAUGAACAAAACUGAUUUAUUAAAUGAAACACAACUUGGGAUAAUUACAGAACGAGUAAAAGGCAUAAAUUCAGAUGCUAAAAUGAUUUUUACCACAUAUUCCAAAAUAGAUGAAGUAUCAGUCAUUCUAGACCUUCAUGCUUAUGAUCAUCAAUCUGUUUUUCCUAUAGAAUCAAGAGAAAUAUCUUAUCAUGAUCCAAAUAUUACAACCGCAACUGUUCAAUUAAAAGUUUUGGAAAACGAAGAACAGAAAUCUAAGCUUGAACAUUGGAUUCAAUUAAUGUUAUGGGAAGGGCAAGUCUUAUCUGGUAGUUCUGAUCAAUACUUGGUAGAAAUUUACAGACUUAAGGGUAGAGUAAUAGUUCAAAAUACUUCAUGGUUGGUACAAGGUGUCCGAGAACUUUAUGAAUUCAUUCCUGAAUCUAUUAGUUUAAAUUCUGUAUCACCAAAGCUUAUUUUUAUAGGCAAAGGGCUUUUUCAAAUACCUUUGCAAAAUGCAUUGAAUACAUUUAUGAAUUUUGAAUAA